AUGAUCGCCGCCGCGCUGUUACUCCUGCUCCUCUUCCUCGCCGGAAUCUUCAACCUCAACUCUUACUUCCCUUCCAAGAAGCUCCGCGCCUGGCUCCACUCCCUCUUCCUCCAGCUCAAAUCCGCUCCUCCUCCUCCUCCUCCUCCUCCUCCUCCCCCGCCGCCGCAGCAGCAAUCCGAGCCUGCUACUCCUCCUCCUGCUGCAUCUGUGGUUGAUCGAAGUAAUAAGGAUGCGGACGAGGAUCUGACGAGCGUUUUCGCGACGUUCGACAAGAACGGCGACGGGUUCAUCACGAAGCAGGAGCUGAAGGAGUCGCUGAAGAACAUCCGGAUCUCCGUGACCGAGGCGGAGGUGGAGGAGAUGGUGGCGAAGGUGGAUUCCAACGGCGACGGGCUGAUUGACUUCGAGGAGUUCAAAAUCCUGUGUAGAAACAUGGCCGCUGGCGGAGAGGGAGAGGCGAGGGCGUCAGAUCUGGAGGCAGAGGAAAUCAAAAUUGACAGCGGAGGAGAUGAAUUGAGAGAUGCGUUCGAGGUGUUCGACCGGGAUCGGGACGGGCUGAUCACGGUGGAGGAGCUGGGGUCGGUGCUGUCGUCGCUGGGGAUGAAGGAAGGGAAGCGGAUGGAGGCCUGCAAGGAGAUGAUCCGGAGGGUGGAUGCCGACGGCGACGGGAUGGUGAAUUUCGAUGAGUUCAGGACGAUGAUGAGGAACGGCGGCGGUAAGCUCCUUCCGGUGUUCUGA